AGCUUGCAUGUUUAACCUAUUAUGAUUCUUUGUAGUGAUUCUCGGAACGAUGGAUAAAAAGUAAAAUGUUAAGAGAUAUAGAAUGGUUAGAAAAUUCUAGAUCUAUCUGUUGUCACAUGUGCAAUACAAAAAGUCCACUACUAGGUGUUAAAUCUAUGUUACAUGUUGCCUAUACGAUUAAAGUGAUCAACGAGGUAUAUCUACAAGGUGUAAUAAAACAGCGAUGAGCUUAGUCCGAUCUUCUCGAUUAAUUGGUAAAAAUCAAAAAUGUAAUUGUCAACAAAUAUAUUUCACAUUGAAAAGAUUUAUCAAUAGAACAUCGUCGAUAUUAUCAUCCGAGGAAAAAGUUACCGAAGGAAACGAACAUGACGAUGCCUCCUCGAUAGAUGAUAUGUCAGAACCCACGAAUUGUUGUAUGUCUGGAUGCGCAAAUUGCGUAUGGAUCGAGUAUGCGGAAAAAUUGAGUGCCACUUUGGAAAAGAGCGACCUAGACGUACAAAAGUUAAUUAUCGACAAAGUACAAGAUCCUAACAUGAAAGCAUUUCUCUCUAUGGAGCUCAAAUUUAGAAAACUAACGAAGGAUUAAAAAUAUUGCAAAUAAAAUCAUGUAUAUAUGUACAUAUAAAAUGAUAUACUCUUAGACAAUAAAUCUAGAUAUUAAUU